AGAAAACAUCAUGCGGCAGCUAGCAGACAGUGACAGACUCGUAGGCAGCGAUAACUCCGAGAUUCUUCUUUGAACUUUCAAGGAAAGCUCCCUGGCUUUCAAUCCCAUACUCCCGCUUUCCCCUUCUCCUUCGUCUUUCCUUUUCGCCGAACACCCUUUUUAUCCUUUUGCUGUUUGCAAUCUUUAUUCCUUUAUGAACUUUGUCGAUUGCAAACAAAUUUAGUGUAAUAAAUACGAGAGGUUUCAGAUCAGAUCUGAAGAGCAGAGGAAGUGGUUUGAGGCAGUGUCCGGUUUCUGCGAAGAUGCAGACUAGGCACAUGGAAAGGUCAUCUAGUAUGGCCCGAGAGAAACGGGCUUUGGAUCCGGGUAGUGGCUCAGAUGAUUCUCAGCCCGACAGGAAACGCCCUGCUCUUGCCAGUGUUAUUAUUGAAGCUCUGAAGGUGGACAGUCUGCAGAAACUUUGCUCAUCACUGGAGCCAAUUCUUCGGAGAGUUGUUAGUGAAGAAGUAGAGCGUGCAUUGGCUAAGCUGGCCCCCUCCAAAACUAAUUCAAGGGUUUCUCCAAAAAGCAUUGAAGGGCCUGGCAGAAGAAAUUUACAGCUCCAAUUUAGGUCCAAAUUAUCCUUACCUCUCUUUACAGGAGGGAAGGUUGAAGGAGAACAAGGUUCUGCACUCCAUGUUGUCUUGCUAGAUGGAAACACGGGCCGUGUCGUAACCUCAGGCCCAGAGUCAUCUGUUAAAUUAGACAUUGUUGUGCUUGAAGGAGGCUUUAAUAAUGAAGAAGAGGAUGGUUGGAGUAGAGAAGAGUUUGAAUCUCAUAUAGUGAAAGAACGUGAGGGAAAGAGACCACUUCUGACUGGGGAAUUGCAAGUGAUAUUAAAGGAGGGUGUAGGUACCCUUGGGGAGCUGACAUUUACAGACAACUCCAGUUGGAUCCGUAGCAGAAAGUUUAGACUUGGUUUGAAGGUCACUUCAGGCUAUUGUGAGGGUAUUCACAUUCGUGGGGCUAAAACAGAUGCAUUUACUGUGAAGGAUCACAGAGGCGAAUUGUACAAGAAACAUUACCCGCCUGCAUUAAGUGAUGAUGUGUGGAGAUUGGAAAAGAUAGGGAAAGACGGGUCUUUUCACAAGAGGCUGAAUAAAUCUGGAAUACACACGGUGGAAGACUUCCUAAGAUUUGUUGUGAGGGACCCACAGAGGCUUCGAAAUAUCAUGGGGAGUGGAAUGUCAAAUAAGAUGUGGGAAGCCCUUGUGGAGCAUGCAAAGACGUGUGUAUUAAGUGGAAAACUCUAUGUCUACUAUCCUGAUGAUCUGAGGAAUGUUGGAGUAGCAUUUAACAAUGUCUAUGAAUUGUGUGGUUUGAUUGCUGGUGAAGAGUAUCUUUCUGUUGAUUCUCUUUCAGAUCAUCAAAAGGUGUAUGUGGACACAUUAGUGAAGAAGGCAUAUGAGAAUUGGAUGGAUGUGGUUGAAUAUGAUGGCAAAUCUCUCAUGAGCCUCAAUGGAAAGAAGAGGUCGGGUUCUUCUCAAGAUGACCACAAAUCUGGGUCGCAGAACCAUUCGAACUCUUUCAACCAUCAGCUCAAUAAUGUCCCAAGUCUCUCACCCUCAAUUUCUUCUGAACAGUCUUCUAUGGAACCAGUAUUGAAAGUCGUAGGAUAUAAUCACAAUAAUGGUAGCAGAUUUGCCAUAGAACCCGAUAACAUGAAUGUAAACACGAACGUACAGUUAAAUGACGUUUCUUCUUACCAGAACCAGUUGGUGGUAGGUGGAACAUCACGACAACAACCUCUGACUUGUGCAAAUAAUUACAAUAUGCUCAACAACAACAGCAGCAGCAGUUUCCUUUCUCCUACUCUUCCUUAUAGGGGACCUGCAGAUGAUGAUUUCUUCUUCACAGAGGAGAUCCGUUUGAGAAGUCACCAGAUGCUUGAGAAUGAAGACAUGCAACAUCUCCUUCAUAUUUUCAACACUGGCGUCCAUGCUGAAGAGAGUUAUCCGGCGUAUGCCACACACCGUGUUCCCGAUACGCCUGUAGCAUUUGGAUUUCACGAGGAGCAUUCACGCUCUUCCGGAAAAGCUGUUAUUGGCUGGCUUAAGCUUAAAGCUGCACUGCGGUGGGGCAUUUUUGUCAGAAAGAAAGCCGCUGAAAGGAGGAGAGCGCAGAUUGUUGAAUUGGAUGAGUUGUAAGCUCUUCUACUCAUUGACGAAGCAACAAUGAAACACUUGCUCAUGCCCACGUCUCUUCAGGACCAAAGUCCAUAUGGGCUCUGUGAGGGCCAAAGCCUGCAGCUAUGGGGUGUUCAAUGUCUCAGCAUAAGCGCGUGAAGUCCUGCAUUUAUGAACCAGAGGAUGUUAUCUGUCUUCAACCAUAUAUGUCUCAUUGGAGUGAAUAGCUGGAUAGCAUUUCAAUGGCUUCCCAUAGAUAGCCUUGUAGUAUUUUAUUUGUUUUUUUUUUGUUUUUGUUUACCGUUAUUACCCUAUUGUAUUGUGUGAUAUUCUUUUUCGUGGGGGUAAUAAACUUGUUCAACACAGGUAGAUGCAACGAUUCAAAAGCCAUUUGUCUUUGUUUUGUCAUGUAUCCGUGGCUUUUAGACCUAUUUCCCUACAAAAUUUUCAAUCUUUGGUGUCAAUUUUGCAGAGCCAAUUUG